GUGCUCUCUAGAUUUCAACCAACAGAAGCGUCAACCCUUCGACAAUACAACUCAGUCCUCUGCCACUUCCUUUUUUUUUUUUUCUCAGUGCUGUAAAUUUCUUAAACUGGCUCCUCCCACGCACAAGCACACUUACAGAAACUUACAGGAAGUGAGCAAAACUGGUGAACUCUUUCCCAUGUCACCAUUUACACUGAAGACACUGUGCACCAAGCUCCAAUGUGGAUCCUAUGCAGACUCUAAGCACAGACUCAAAGUGGCGAGAACCCGUUCCCGAAACCUCUGGCAAAGGAAUCCCCAUGUAUGCCGACAUUCUGGACGAGUUUGCCCAAAAUCUUGCAGACAACAUAAUCCUCUCCUCUCUAGAGCAAAUGGAAAAGUUGGAACCUGCAGAGCUGCAACCUAUUCAAACGCCGGAGACCUUCGCCGAGGAGUUGGCAUCAGCAAUAGUUGAGGUUGCUCUGAAAGACGUCUGCUUGCCUCAAUAUCCGCCAUCAGAUGUUGAAAAGAACGACUGUGAAGAGGCUGAAAAUGGGCCCCCUGCAUCCGGAGAAGAAGAGGACCUGUUGGAACGAGAGAUGAUUUCCUUAAGGGAAUUACAGACUCACAGAAACUCUCAGUCCAACCAUCCACCUCUGUACCAAUCGGGCCUUCCUGCUGUAGGUUCCCUGGACUACCCAGAUGCCCCUCCGACCACCCCCCUCAUCCCGGAGCUGGAGCGGAGCAGGAACAGUUUCGCUCGGAAGCUCAAGGGGGGGCUGGCAAAAGUCUUCCUGCCCUCUCCUCCUCCACCUACUCCGAAAGACAAGGAGGACAACUCGGGCGGUGUGAUCAGUGACCCCCAAGUGGAAUUGAUGGAGCAUCUGAUGCAUUCCCUAUCUACAAACGACCUGGCGAGAGAUGGCCUGCAGGCGCAUGGAGCCGGCGUGGAGGCUUUCGCAGAGGUUCUGUCGUGUGACGUGUUAAGCUGGGUCUUGAGCGUGAAAAACAAGCAGCAGGGGUCGGAUGAAAGCGAUCUUCAUCAGCUGGCUCACCAACUGGCUGAAACAAUCAUCACUUCAUCACUGGAUAAAGCUAAAUGUGACCUCCUGUCUGACUAGUACAUGUUUGUUCAGGAGUUUUGACGUGAGGUCCUUCUAAAAUGUUUCAAGUAGGUCAUAUUUCAUCAUCAGGAGAUAACCCUUUUGGCAUCUUAAUUCGGUAAAAAUCCAGAUUACGGAAAGAUAUGAGCUACUCUGAAAGGGUUUCAAAGCAUACGUAGACUUCUUCCCCUCUUAAGACGUCUCCAGUCACAUAUAGGGUUAAUGUAAAUGGUACUUCAUUAACUUUUUCAGAGGGUUUUCAUUUUAUCUGUCUACUUGCAUAGAAGCCGAUGAUUAUCUGAAAAAGAAAUAUAGGACGGAGGCAGUACGCCACCAGAAUUCUUCCAUUGUGAAACCAUGUGAAUUCUUUCCAGUCAGAGUAACCACAAAAGACAUGUAAAAGCAGAAAUCUUCUCAGGGUGCAUGUAAACUGCGGUGAAUUGAUUUUUACGCAAAUGUACUUUUCUAAUUGAUUUUUUAUUUUUUUUCGCCACGAUCAAAAAAGCCUCAAAUGUUUUGUUUUUGGUACGUUUCACACAGGAAGAUGUUUGGUCGCGAACUGUUUCCUGCCUUCAUUUUCUGUGUAACACUCAUCUGUUUGAUUCUAAUGACAUCACACUUUAAACACAACCACAAGCUCACAAAAUAACAUCGACAUAAACUGCUACAACUUUUUCACAACUGGAACUGAUGAUAAACGUCUGUGUUGAUCUUGGGCACCGCUCUGGCUAGCUUGUAGCUUUAGCCCAGGGGAUAAGCUAAUCUGGAUUUUUAUAAAAUAAAAUGCCAGUAUUUAUCUACUGCAGAAUAGAUAAGUGCUGCUCCUUCCUAACCUGUAAAAGGAACUGUUCCUGUUAGUUUGGUUUCUGUCUUGUUUAGUAUUCUGACUUCCUUUUUUGGCUUUCUAAACAAAGCUAGUUUCGCUCAAAGCUAAUGUGCUAAUGGCUAUAUUUGUGGCUUUGACCUGCUGAGCCCAAAUAAUGGUGCCAGUCCAAAACAGAUGGAGUACUUUGGUGUAGCUCAUGCAGCCACAGGGAUUCAGCACCUAUUGCAGUCCAUCCCCUUUAGAUGGCAGCACAGGAGAAAUGUUCUGGCAUGUUUUCAGCCAGAUCCAAAAAGGAUUAGCUGUAUGGAUACAAAGCUGCUCUUUCCUUUCUUAACCCCCCCUGCCCCCCCCCCCCCAAAAAACAAAAAACAAAAAAAAAACAACUGUCUUAAUUUGAAAGAGUGUAAAUUGAAUGUGUUUCAUGUACCUAAUUUAAAAUAUGCAGAAUGUGUUUGCUUUGUUUUACGCUGAACAGUUCUAUAUUUGUUGGGUUCAUAAGGAAAAGUAGAGCUGCAUGUAACACAUCUGAGAAAUAUUUAUUUCACCAAACAUGGCACAUAGUCCGAAUUAUUUUUAUGGUCAAGGCUGGGUGCUCUCCUUACAUUCUGUUUUUACAACUUAUAUUGUAUGUGUUAGUAUUUAAAAUUUUGUCUUAAGCCAACUUUGAUGUACAGUCUUGGUCAGAAACCUUUUGUGAAAAAGAUAAUUUCAGUGUUUUUAGGUUGAAUAAAGGGUGAAAUGGAUUGAAAAACGA